CGUGGUAUGCUGUCGUCCCAUCUACUGCUUUCUCCUCUUUUGUACGAUACGAUAGUCGACUCUUUUGGGAUGGUUGUUCUUCAGUUGGCAACUUUUCAGUCCAUGCCCGGUCGGUAGUCGUAGUCAGUCUGCUUCUGGAUAGUCAAGCUACUUUCUCUCUCUCUCACUUGUUUAUAAAAGUGGCAGGCUGAUUCGGAAAUGCGGGUAGUAGUCAGCCAUCCAAGUGGGAUAUUCUUUCUCUCUCCACCUCACAUCUGAUAACCGGACUCUCUCUUCUCUCGUUCAUUCAUAUCUUUCUCUCUCCUCAGUCUCUCUGUCUUCUUUAUUUCCCCGUUUUUGGUGAAAGUAGAAAAUAAUUAUUUUUUCGAGAGAGCAAAACAACAAACCCUGGACCACCUCGAGGGCAGGUGGGUGGGUGGAUGGUCGAUCUAAUUAAGAAUCAACCACUUUAAAUAUAUCAGCAUCCUCCUCUUGAAAUAUUUACAUAGGGAAACUUUUGUGACGACGUACAUACAAUCCGAUUUUUCCAUCCAAGUUUUAAUCACUGAUUUGAUCUCUUGGCCAAAUUUUAUACAAAAGUUUGUCUUUCCUUGAAUGACUGCGAAGAAGAAGAAGUAGAUAAAAUUUGACAUCGACACAAACGCGGAGAAAGCAGCAGAAGUACCAAGCAAAGCAAACCACGACCAAACCAACCAGAGAAUCUCCGGCGAAAAGAGUACAACUUUCUCUUCCUUCCUUUCAUGAAAUCGGACUUACAAAUCUUAUCAAAGAAAUCAUAGCAUAACGAGAAUUACAUUAGAAGAAGGACGAGCAGCGGAGAGGAAACUUGUUCUCGAAUUGGAUCAUGAAAUUCUUCUCCCCACCGGCAACAUGAGCGUUCCCGGUGGCGGUGAAAGUACUGCUACGACGGAUUUGUCCUCGUCCCCCUCAAAUCCGCCAGAAGGUCGUGGCAGCAUCCCAGGAAUAAUGCUGCCACCAUCGUCGUCCUCCACGCAGCAGUACGUCCUCCGCAGUGGGCGGUACGUGGGGCGUGGCGGGGAGGUGAAAGUGAAGAGAAAGUGCGUCGAGGUGGCCUGCCAGCCAAGCGUUGUCUUCCUCUUGGCGACGGUUUGCAUGACCGCGUUGGCCAGCGUGCUCCUUUACUACGCGCUGAACGGUCACUACUGGGAAAUGCUGAACUACGACGUUGACAAGGUGAACGAAAUCGUGGCCAAUAACAGCACCUAUCUCAGCGUGAAAUGGCUCUUUAACGACCGAGUACCCGUCAUCACGUACGAGAGUGGAUACACUACCCCCGACCCACCAAAGUAUCUCCUCCCUCUGCAUUCUGGCGUCUGGAUAUCUUGCAUUGAUCUUGAGGAGAAGGACUUCAAGGACUUGCAACAGUUGGGUUAUCAGAAGGCGAACAAGUGUGUAGAUCACUUAGAUCCGUACAAGGAUAUUCCAAAGUCGACCGAAGCACGGGCUUCCUGGCAACACAGGAUGCAGAAUUUAGCGAUUGCCUGCGCAAUGGUGUGUCUCAUCCUGCUCGGAUCGGCCAUCGUGGUCGGAUUAUUUGGCGUGUGUCGCCCCCAGAUUAGCGCUGUUCUCGUAACGGGGGUUAUCUACGUGUUAUCGGCCACUUUCGCCCUAUUCACUCUCACGAUUGUCCAUUUCAAGCACAAAAAUAGGAAUGAUUGCGAACCUCUUGACGUAUGGACAAGGCUGAUUCCGGAUUUGGCGAGCAGUAAUGAGUUCCGAUCUGCGAGACGUAUCACGCACGGGGGAAGUCUCUACUUGGGAUGGGCAGGUGCAAUUGUCUGCGUGUUGGCGUCAAUCAUGUGGAUUCUGCUGUCAAAAAUGAUGAGAUACAACCCCAUCACUUUUUCCACCUGACCUCAGCAGCAAGACUUAGGCUUUCACAUGGUCUACAUGCCAAACAAGCAACAAGAAUAAGAAGAAAAAAUAAAUGCCAAUGGAAAUGCUCAACACGUAACAACAUUCACACACCCACCCACCACACCCACACGCAUCAUCAUCGCAUGAUAAGGACGACAAUCAUCUAACUUGAGUCCCAAACAAAAAUUUAAAAUUCUUUAAAAUUGAUAUGAAUUUUUUUCCUGCCCAAAACUGACUUUCUCCAGCUGACUUUCUCCCAUUUAGUAGUCUGGAACUCUUCUUCAAGGCUGAAGAUUAUGAAAUUCGUAAAAGUAAACUAAAAUGAUUAUAUGAUUUGGUCUCAAUAUUGAUUAUUGAGAACCGUCUACUUACCAACCAACCACCAAAAAAUGUGCCAUCAUUCAUAUUACGGUAUGCAUUUUUAGGCACGCUUUUCGUGAGAUCCACGUUGUUUGUCAUAAUUUCAGCAGGACUGCUUAUCAUGUAAAAAACGGGAUAGAUCUUUCACACCACAAUCAGAAACAAAUUGACAAUCACGUCAUAAAUUGGAGAAGCAAAAAAUCAUUUCUAUAAAUCAUUGCUAUAAUUCUAUGAAAUGGUAGAAUUAUAUAAAGAAACAAUCUCAUAAUCCAAAAUCCACUUCAUUUAACUAACAACAUUGUAGAUGUCUUUACUUUUAAUUAAUUAACUAAUUAUUAUAUAGCACAUCACGAAUUAACGAAUUCGAGUAGUUCGACACUUUCCGCACCCCUGUUCCUCAUCUUAUCCUUAAAAAAAAUCAAAAUAUACUCAAGUAUCCCUCUCGACCCCUUUUCACAGCAUCAAGCAAUCCAUCACUGCUCUAUUUCCACAAGGUUUAUUGCAUUUUUGUGGUUUGUUUGUACAUCUAACGAACAUGUACUAAUAUGAAAGCCUAAGUUUUGCACAAAUCUCUAACAUAUAUUAUAAUUCAUACUAACUAUUAUACUACUGGUCAUACUCUUAAUAAUCCAUAAAUAUGUAGGUAUGUAUACACAAUCGCAACUUCAUGCCAAAUCAUACAGUAUUUAGAAAGCAGUGUACACAGGUUCAUAAAAACGACGACGGGUUUUAAUACUUACGGCCAACUGUAUACAUUUUUAAGAGGCAUAAUGUUGAUUAUUUUGAGAAUUACUUCUAGUAGAUCACCUCAUAAACUGAGAUGAUACUGAAAGAAUGUGAUGAUUAAACAGUAUUAUAUUUAUUAGUAUGCAUCCAAUUUGAAAUAGAAAUAGUACAUUACAGCAUUUUUUAUGUAGGAGAGCUACUUCUUUAAAUUUUAUUUAGGUCAGUGUUUUAUUACUAUUAAUCGCUCAACAUAUUAUUAUGUAAUAUCUGCUAUUUGCCGAGAGCUUAUAAUGGUUGAUUUAUAAAAGUAGAACCAUUCUAACAAGGACAAAUCGUCAGAUGGUAUUGCGUAUUAUAAACAUACAUACAUAGGAUUUAAA